AUGGGUUGGAUACAGUUCGGGAGUAAACCGCCAAGCGUAAAUACAGUGCUGGGAUCAUUGCUUCUGGCAAUCAUCUUUUAUGGGUUCUUCAUUGUCGUCAACAGAAUAUUCUUCGAGCCUCUCAGCAAAGUGCCGGGGCCGAAGCUAGCUGCAUUGACCAAGUGGUACGGCUUCUACUACAAUGUUAUUCGUGAUGGCCAAUACAGUCUAUCUUUUUCUUCACUUCACAAGAAAUACGGCUCCCCAGUCAUCCGAAUCGGCCCUAAUGCUGUCCAUGUCGAUGACCCCAGUUUCUACCAGGAAAUGUUUUCCAUGACAACGAAAUACUAUAAGGAGCCCGAGUUCUACAAAGCGCUCGGAGCAGAAGGAGCUAUGGCCUCAAUCCUAGACCCCAAACACCACCGCAUGUACCGGAACCACCUGCGACCACUCUUCGCCAGCCGCGCUGUGGAUGGAGUGGUACCUCGUUUGAUCCUUGAGCUCGAGAAAGCAACAUGCAUCUUUGAUAUGCACCGGAAGGAUCAUCGUCCGUUGAAUAUACAGGCACUGUAUCGCUCCUUUACGUCAGAUAUGGUAUGCGAGCUACUUUUUGGUGAAACUCCGGACUUCAUUGGCGACGGCAAUGGAUAUCAUCCAUUUGUUGCGGCACUGGAUCGGUUUACUGCGUUUUCCUGGCUCGUGGUCUAUUUUCCUUGGAUCAAGUCAAUCCAGUUCCACCUACCCUUUGGCCUUGGCGACAAGCUGGCCCCGGAAUUUAACGAUUUCAAACGACAAUGUGAAACCUGGGAGACAAAAGCCCAGGUCAAACGUGACUCAGGCGUGCAGGUAGGGCAAAAGAAUCUGUUUGACUACUACGCGGAGCUGGGCGCUGGCCCUGAGACCGCUGUGAGCGGCGUGGCUCAGCCUGUAGAGGAUGCUUUCAAUUUCUUGACGGCAGGCACCGAGUCAACAGCCUAUACUCUCUCUUCUACGGCAUUCCAUAUCUUGAAUAAUCCACAGGUCUUCAAAAAGCUGCGCGAGGAGCUGGAUGCUUCGGUGGACUUCAUACGGGAUGACUUCAAUGCGAAGCAGAUUCAGGCUCUACCGUAUCUGGGAGCCGUGAUCAAAGAGACCAUGCGACUAUCAACAGCGGUGCCGGGCAACCUUCCCCGACUGGUGCCCCCCGGAGGCGUCGCAGUGGGAUCUGUCUAUCUUCCUGAAGGUACUAUUGUAUCCUCCAGCCAUCUAUCAAUUAUCACAAAUGACACCAUCUUCCACGACCCUUACAAGUUUAAACCAGAGCGUUGGCUGGGUGAAGAAGGCAAGAGUCUUGAGAGAUGGCACGUCGGGUUCAGCCGGGGUCCUCGGAGAUGCAUUGGGAGCAGGUUAGUCCACCCCUAUAUCCUAGGCCGCACGGCGGAUUUUAUGCCAUGCAGCGCAAGCACUAACGAUAUCGCACGCAGCCUUGCAUACCUAGAGCUAUUCUGUGUCACAGCAUAUGUAUUUUCACGGUUUGAAAUGACGUUGUUUGAGACGGAUGAGAGCAGCAUGCAGUGGGUAGAUCGGAUUAGUGCACGGAAUAGGAAGGAUGUCCAAGUCAGGAUAUUGGCUGAUCGGUGGGAGAAGGAGGCGCAUUCCAUCGCCGGUGGUACUUUGUGCAAGGAAGAGUAG